CCACAGUCCAAAAUCAAACGAAGAUAGAAGUUACCGUUGUAGCAACGUUGUAGCCAUCCACAUGUGGCGGGGGCAGCAGUUAAAAAGAGAAGCCGGAGACUGGCCACCCGAGCACAUGAAGAAUCCCUUUUGGCGCUUAUCUCCGAGAUACUUUUGGCACAUGCGAGAAAACAUGGGGAAAACUAGCUCGCAAGGGUCUUUCUCACAAGGACUCAAGGAGGGAGAAUUUGAUCCUGCGUGGGCCAAUGUUAGUUCGCGUUGGCGGAGUCGCUAACUCGCUAGUCACGGUGGUCAGAAAACAGCUGGAUGCUAACCUGUAAGUAGCCUAAGGGGAUGUCGAUCCAAAUAAGAUAGGCUAGACGAUCCAUCCUAGCUUAACUCAAGGAAAAAGAAGGGAAAGGAUCCCUGGUUGGGUGUUUUGGAUAGGGAUUUGGUAGAGGAGCGAGUACGCUGUAACUACUCAGCGUAGAUACUUGACUCCCGCCAUGUGUAAAUCGGUACAGGAGGACAGAGAGAUAUCGACUGGCAGAACAUGUACCGAUGCAUGUCCCAGAGUAUGCCUUGCCUAGGUACUGUCUAUCUCAUGAAUGCCUUGUUAGCACAGUACAUUGUUUUUGUGUACAUACUUUGUAUUGUGCUGGCGAGUGUCACAUCACGGCGAUCACAUUUGCUGCUGUUGCCCCCCGCACCUUUUGUUUGCGGCUGGAACUGAUUCAGUCAUAUAAACACCCGCUGUCCCCCCCCCUUCUCAGCUGAGCUUGUUCGAGCUCUUUGGUCUGCUUUCUUUUCUUUUCUUUUUUCUUUCUGUGGUUCGAUAUUUCUUCAAGUGCCCGGACACUCGAUUGAUUGCAACUCGAAACACGAUCGCCGUCUCAGAUUCGGGGGAGGUAUAUACAAGAAAUAGACCCGAAGAAAUCAUCCCUUUCCAGGGAGAGAGAUAGAGAGAGCGAGAGACGGGGAGGAAAAUUACAAUACAACACGACACAACAUGGCUUCUCUCGCUGGCAAUAUCUACCUGAUUUCCGCCGUGGCGGUGAUUGGAGGUGGCUUGUUCGGUUUCGACAUCUCGUCCAUGUCUGCUAUCAUCGGCACCCAAAACUACCUUUGCUACUUCGACCAGGCAGAACCGGGUGAGACAAAAUGCAAGGGCCCAAGGGCAGAUGUCCAAGGCGGUAUCACGGCCUCCAUGGCUGGUGGCUCAUGGCUGGGAGCGCUGGUAUCGGGCUUUUUGUCUGAUAUCCUUGGUCGCAAGAAGUCCAUCAUGGUUGGCGCAAUUAUCUGGAUCAUCGGUUCUAUCAUCACCUGUGCAGCGCAGAAUAUUGGUAUGUUGAUUGUUGGCCGCAUCAUCAACGGCUUCAGUGUCGGUAUCUGUUCCGCACAGGUCCCUGUUUAUAUUGCAGAGCUGGCUCCUCCCUCCAAGCGUGGCCGUCUAAUCGGUGCGCAACAAUGGGCAAUCACUUGGGGGAUUAUGAUUAUGUUCUACAUCUCCUAUGGAAGCAGCAAAGUCGAUGGGCCAGCUGGUUUCCGGAUCGCGUGGGGUCUGCAAAUGAUCCCAGCUGUCUUGCUCUUCUUUGGCCUCAUUCCUCUACCUGAAUCACCACGCUGGCUUGCUCGCAAGGACCGCUGGGAGGACUGCCUUGCUGUGUUGAUCCUGGUGCACGGCAGAGGCGACCCAAACUCCCCCUUCGUCCAACGCGAAUACGAAGAGAUCAAGGAGAUGUGCGAAUUCGAACGACGAAAUGCCGAUGUGACUUAUCUUGAGCUGCUCAAACCGAACAUGAUCAACCGCACUCACGUUGGUGUGUUCACCCAGAUUUGGAGCCAGUUGACUGGUAUGAAUGUUAUGAUGUAUUAUAUCACAUAUGUCUUCGGAAUGGCUGGUCUCACAGGGGACACCCUUAUGGUUUCGAGCAGUAUCCAAUACGUGAUCAACGUCCUAAUGACGAUUCCCGCUCUCCUGUGGGUUGACCGCUGGGGUCGCCGUAACACCCUCUUAGUUGGCGCUUUCUUCAUGAUGGUUUGGCUCUUUACCAACGCGGGACUUCUUGCAUCUUAUGGGUAUCCUGCUCCAGCAGACAGAGCCGUUGAAGCCGAAUCCUGGCUGAUCAGUGGACCCCCAAGCAAGGCUGUCAUCGCAUGCUCCUAUCUGUUUGUCGCUUCAUUCGCUCCAACAUGGGGCCCUGUUUCCUGGAUUUAUCCACCAGAACUAUUCCCCCUACGCGUGCGUGGAAAGGCUGUUGCCCUCUCCACCUCCUCCAAUUGGGCUUUUAACUUUGCGCUCGGCUACUUCGUUCCGCCUUCCUUUGUCAGUAUCCAGUGGAAGACCUAUAUUAUCUUCGCCGUUUUCUGCGCAGCCAUGUUCGUCCAUGUCUUUUUCAUGUUCCCCGAGACGGCGGGUAAGACUCUCGAGGAGGUUGAGCUGAUCUUCACUGAUCCCAAUGGCAUCAAGUACAUCGGCACCCCCGCCUGGAAAACACGGGUUGACUUCCACCGUGCAGCGCUGCUUGAGAAGACCGGUGUCAAGGAUGAGGAGAAGCUUGCGACCGACUUCCAGCACGAGGAAAGUCCCAAGGAAGGAACUGUCUAGAUUCCUGGUGAUAGUUAAUGGAGAUUAACAAAUAAACGAGGACGCGCAGACGAUAUCUCUCCUUUGUCAUUCUCGUUCGUUUGAUCUAUGUAUCUGUUAUUCCCCUCACAUGCUGUAUUACAGUGCCUAUUCAUUCAUAUCCCUCCCCCCUUGAACUUGCUUGUAGCUGUGGGAACCCCCUAAAACUUUCAAAUCCCUAGAAAUUUUUUUCGAAAAGGAAAUAAUAAAGCUUGCUGGAAACGGGGAUAAUAGUUCAAUGCAAUACAGUGUGAAAAUUCAGUCCUUUGUCCACUUACCUACCUUUUAUUAUCUUUACUAGUUAAGUAUAAUAGUCUGACACUAUAUAUUUUUAUUCCCCG